AUGCAGCACAAUAACGCAUCACCUCAUCGCAUCAAGCAUGAUGAAGAAGGUUUGAACGCCUGUUUAUCGGAAGUGUGCAAAAACAUGUUUGGAAGUCAGCACCCAAGCAGCCCGGACUUGAGCGUUCUUGAUCUGGGUAACUUUAGCCCCUUGCAAUCGAGACUGUUCAAUAUGCCUGCUUCAACUCUUGAAGAUUUGAUUAAGAACGUGAAGACCGCUUUCGAGAACUUACCUUCCACGACGAUUGAAAGCGUGUUCUCAAGCCUUCAAGGUGUCCUUGCCAGCAUUGUUGAUUGGUAUGGUGACAACACCUUCAAGAUGAAGCACAUGAAGAAGAAAAAAGCGUCGUACGAGUGCUGCUCCAACUGA